ACUAAUCCGCCGAUGCUACAAUAUGAUAAACCAAAAUACCCCUUCCCAGAUUAAACCUCGCAUCAUUCGUGAAGCAGCUCUCCUCCACACUUUCGUUCCUGUCGCGCCAGAGUUGACCUCCAGCCUUUUCCGCCGUCGCCGUCCACGGUGCCGUGGCCGCUCUAGUUGCUGUCACCAUUGCCACAGAUAUAAAAACAGCAUUUGCGCUCCCACGAGCUCAAUAUAUAUUAGUUGGGCAAAAUAGUUCACUUUCUUGUUGGGAGUUCACUAAUGGAAGUUUUGGCUCCAAAGCUUCCAUCUUUCAAAAUUUCAAGCCCCGUUUGCUGCUGCUCUAUCAAUAGUGGAAGAUCAUCAGUUAUUGGAUUUAGAUUUCGUCGUUUGUCUUCUUCUCCUUCUGUUUGUGCAUCCACAGUUAAUGAAGAAGUGGCCAAACCUGCUCUUGGCUCUUCUUCUCUGGGUCAAUCUACCAGACCUGACUUCCCCAUUCUCCACCAGGAAGUGAAUGGCUCAAAACUUGUUUACUUGGAUAAUGGGGCAACUUCUCAGAAGCCCACUAGUGUCUUAAGGACCUUGCAAAAUUAUUACGAAGCUUAUAAUUCAAAUGUGCACCGUGGCAUUCAUUUCUUAAGUGCAAAAGCCACAGAUGAGUAUGAAUUGGCUAGAAAGAAGGUCGCAGCAUUUGUCAAUGCUUCAGAUUCAAGAGAGAUUAUAUUUACUAGAAAUGCUACUGAAGCUAUCAAUCUAGUAUCAUAUUCUUGGGGCUUGUCAAAUUUAAAGCCAGAAGAUGAGAUCAUACUGACAGUUGCUGAACAUCAUAGUGCCAUUGUACCUUGGCAACUUGUAUCUCAAAGAGUUGGGGCUGUUUUGAAAUUUGUUGAUCUAAACCAAGAUGAAGCUCCUGAUAUUGAUAAGUUAAAAGAAAUGAUCUCGAGGAGGACAAAACUAAUAGUUGUCCAUCAUGUUUCAAAUGUGCUUGCUUCUGUCCUUCCAAUUGAAGAAAUUGCACAUUGGGCACAUGAUGUUGGAGCCAGAGUGCUCGUAGAUGCCUGUCAAAGUGUUCCACACAUGGUGGUUGAUGUUCAGAACCUCAAUGUUGAUUUUCUUGUUGCUUCUUCACACAAGAUGUGUGGGCCUACAGGCAUUGGAUUCUUGUAUGGUAAAAGUGAUAUAUUGUCUACCAUGCCUCCAUUUUUGGGUGGUGGAGAAAUGAUUUCUGAUGUAUUUCUCAGUCAUUCGACUUAUGCUGAUCCUCCAUCCAGAUUUGAGGCUGGAACACCAGCAAUUGGUGAAGCCAUUGGGUUUGGAGCAGCAAUUGAUUACUUAUCUGGGGUUGGUAUGCAAAAGAUUCAUGAUUAUGAGAUGGAGCUCGGUGGAUAUCUGUACCAAAGCCUGCUUUCUGUGCCAAAUAUUCGCAUCUAUGGACCAGCACCUUCGGAUGAAUACCAAAGAGCUGCUCUCUGUUCUUUCAAUGUUGAGAAUAUACAUCCUACUGACCUUGCAACAUUUUUGGAUCAACAGCAUGGAGUGGCUAUUCGGUCAGGUCACCAUUGUGCCCAACCUCUCCAUCGUUAUCUCGGAGUCAAUGCGAGUGCACGUGCUAGUCUCUACUUCUACAACACGAAGGAAGAUAUCGACAGCUUCAUUCAUGCCCUCAAGGACACAGUCAGCUUCUUCAAUUCAUUCAAGUAAACUUUCUCCUCUUAUCAAGAUGGGAAUCACCAAAUGUAUAGUGUAAUCGAGCAGAAAUCAACAGAGCCUUAUUCUGUGGUUAUGGAUUGGACCAAAGCAUGAUUGUGAUUUGUUGGCUCACCAACCAGAGUAGAGUGACAAGGGUUGGCCUGGAUGAAGCUGGGAAACGCAUGUGAACUAUUUGGGUCAAUUUGAUAUCCAUCUUUGUUUAUUAUUUAAGGUUGAUCUUUAACGGGUCAUACUCUGACCAACUAGUCUGAUGUUGCCGAACAUAGCAUUCACAAAUUUAUAAUCCUUCUCAAAUUUGAAUUUGAAAGCCGUUGAAACUACACUCUUGAUUCUGAUAUAGAUGUAAACAAGCAAUCUUUGCGGUUUAUUCUUCUCUCACUUUUAAUAUGUUGAUGUUCAUUACC